GCGGGGAGACCACCCGUGAUAACUCGCUACUUCACCAUUUACUUAUUUACAUAAUUACAUAUAAUUUAGAGCUCUGCGCUAUGGGAAAUACGGUAUUCGAAGCCUGAAGACGUGAUGAAGAUUUUCUGAAGAUGUCUGAAAGGAUUUAAAAUCUUAUAAGAUGGAGAUAGAUUUUAGACAUAUAGUUUGGGUUUCUCUGUGGAUGGGGACUUGGAUGUUCGUGAAACGUGAAGGAAAGGAUUAAAGUAAUGAGUGUGGAAGUCGAUUUUAAAAGCUUAUGGCAAGGUUCAUUAAAGAUUGACAAUAUUGUUUGCUUGUCGUUGUUGUGUUCGAUAUUUUGUUAUUCAUCUUAUACAUGUGACCUAUUGCAGGCUUCUCAAGAUGAUCGGGAAAAAUGCGACCUAUAUCUUGCCCCAAUGAGGGUUCCGCAACAUCAUCGGUACGACUUGCUUCAACUUGGCAUCAUGGGCGAAAUUGCUGGAAAAAAGAAAAAUUGGCCACCGGAAAGAGUUUUGGUUAAAGAACAUCAGGGAGUGGACCAGGAUAGCUAGCGAAGAAUAACUGUACUCCUGAGCUACUGAUAAGGAAGACUACAAGCUGAUUGCUAAUCUUUAAUAUUUGAAGAGGCACCGCUAGAAGAAGAUGUUAUCAAUAAUGAAAAAAACUCAUUGCUGAUAAAACCUCCUUUCAAAAUUCUUUUACAAAGCCAAAAGCCACGAAAAAAACACACUGACAGCAAAACAAACCCAUUCUAUUCCCAUACUUUUUUGACAUCAGUAAUUUUCUUGUAGUUUUCCAUAAAACAAUUUACAUAGGUACAUUUUAUAAGUAAUUUUGAAUGGCGGAGCCCCGAUACUCUUAUGAAAAACCAUCACCGACUGAUUUCGAUAGAUUCCUGCCGUGGGCAUGCAAUCAGCUCUGCGAGGAAGCCACUGUGGUGGUCACCAAAACUAUUCUCGCUGACUACGUGAGUGUAGUUGCCAGUGAACGCCUCAGGCAAGGCAAGGGAAAGCCAAAGCCGCCAAAACCACCGGCCACAGGAGAGUCAGGUUCUGAUGACCAUCAUUCAGAAGGAGAUUCUCUCACGAGGGCUAUCAAAAAUGACUUAAUUAUCCACAUAGAAUCGAUAUACGAUGGAUCCAAUAACCUAACACACAUUAAGUUUCAUAACAACGCACCUAUUCCAAGAUCGGUCAUGAAAAUCAUUGGUCUUAUAAUCAAAUUCCAUCCAAUGUUGACAAUGAUAACCAUUGACAGCGGCUUACAGAUGCAAGCAAUGUACGAGAUAGCCAAAUUCUUGCCAUUAUCGAAAAUUACAGAAAUCUGUAUGGACUACACGUUCCUUCGUGAAGCUAACUAUCAUCUACUUUUGGAUCAUAAAGGGCUAAAACACCUCUCGAUUUCAAAGUGUAGGAUUACAGACUCCGUCCUCAAAAACAUCUGUAACAAGUUAGUCUUCCCAAAUGUAGCUUGCAAAACACUACAUGCAUUAAACGUAUCAUCAAACAGAAUCACAGAUGCUGGUAUGAAGUAUAUAGCUGAUAUGCUGCGGUCAAACAGAAACCUUAGCUAUUUAAAUCUAGCUGAUAAUAAGAUCACAGAUACUGGCGCAAAGUACGUAUUGGAUUGUUUAGGCGAAUUCCCAUUGAGACCAUCCGAGCUUCUAGAAAAGCGAACCAGACACCUGAUCUAUUUGAAAGAAAGGAAAGAAAUGAUGGAUAAAACUGUACAAGAGCUGAGACUUAAUGAAUAUGAGAAGAAAAUGGGGAGAAGGAAAUCGGCGAAGCCAACGGUGUCAUUAAAGAAGAAGGACAAAGAAGCAGAGGGAUCAAAGAGUUUGUCUUACGUAGAAAGCAUAUAUUUUGAAAAAGCUGAAUCGAUAGUUGACAGCAUUCUAGGUCACUUCAUGGACCCUUUUAGCCCGGACGACACUUUCCACAGGGAUGGGGAAAUAUACUGUUACGGUAACAAUACUCUCAGCUAUUUAAACAUAGCCUACAACAAUCUCUCUUACUUUAGCGUCAAACAGUUAUAUCAGGUUAUUGUGACCCAGAAGUAUCUUGCUCGGAAGCCAAGAGGCUUGGUCAACGUUGUGAUCGAAGGCAACUACUUACCAGCGCAAUGUGAAGAGUUUCGCCUGAUUGACGAAAUCUUGGAAAGUAGUUUACCAAACUAUAACCGGAAGAUGUCGUCGAUCGCUUCGUCGAAAAAACGGAUGAGCGUAAAAUAAGGGAUGGUUAAAUAGAUGGAAAGAGAUCCAUCUACAAAGAAGUCUGUAGAAUAGCUGGAGGUAGGGCAGAAACAUAAGCAUGAGGAUAUAAUAGUGAUGUCCCAGGAUCGAAAAUCAUGGUAAUUGAUAUACCGACAAGUGCACUUAAAUUGGUCACCUGUCGUGGUCCAUUGCAAGAUAAGGGGCGAAGUUUCUUCCGGAAAUGAUUGGCCAUAUAUUUUUAAUAAGAAUUUUACACCAUGCCUAAAAAACGAGUUUUUGAAACAGUUUUGAAAUGCAUUUUGAAAUAGAAAAACGUGACUAAUUGCAUAAUUUGAAGACUAUUUCUACUUACUUUUAAUUUAGAUAUUCACUAUACUUAU